AAACCCUAAAAUACCAGCAGCCGAUAGAAAGAACCCUAAUUCCCAAACUCUCAAUUCUCUGUGGAAGAAAAAAGAUGUCGGUCGGAGAGAUUGCCUGCACCUAUGCUGCUUUGAUUCUUCACGACGAUGGCAUCGCCGUCACGGCGGAGAAAAUUGCUGCACUGCUAAAGGCGGCGAAUUUGACCGUAGAGUCGUACUGGCCGAGUCUCUUCGCCAAGCUCUGUGAGAAGAGGAACAUCGAGGAUCUCGUCAUGAAUGUUGGAUCUGGUGGUGGUGGUGCCGCCGUCGCAGUCGCUGCUCCUACCGGAGGCGCUUCUGCUGCUGCCGCCGCAGCCGCCCCCGCCGCCGAGGAGAAGAAGGAGGAGGCCAAGGAGGAGAGUGAUGACGAUAUGGGUUUCAGUUUGUUUGAUUAGGUCGUCUUUUUUAUAUAAUCAUGCACUUGUUUUAAUUAUAAUUGCGGAUUGGUUUCAUAGACUCGUUUGAGAUGAUAACUAGCUCGUUUUUUAGGGGUUGUGUUUUUUUUAAUCUAUCAAGUAUAAUUUUGAUUUCAGACUUUUGCCCUUCAAUUUGAUUAUCUCUAUCUUGCUGUUUU